GUUCAGUCGUCUCUAGGAUCUGACACAGACCGGUUGAUUUAAUUUCAUGAGUGAGUUGUUACUAGGCUUUGCGCGUUGCAGUUUGACCAGUCCGUUAAUCUGCCGAAAAUUCGGUUAAUUGGGACAACCCGGUUUAGUAUGAUGGCAAGCAAUAGCUUUGACUCAAGCUACUAGCCUAAAAGCAAUAAUAAAUAAAGUUCAGUUUUAUCUGCGAAAGUGGGGGUGUAAUACUAAUGAUUGGGCAAACAUUAAAUAAGUGAUUUUUGAAUAAAUAAUAGUGUUUUUGUGCGUUCGUUUCUAGAAGAGUGUUUACUAACAUGGCUGAUCAUAUAUUAAAUGCUAUCAUGUGUCAUUCGCCACGUUUGAAGUGGAAAACAGUUAACAGAUCUGUUGUUAGCAGAAUCGAGUUUGUUUAGAAAUUGUGUGAAGAUGAUAAAUCACUAUUGCGCCAGUACUAUGGAAUUCCAAACAAGAGAUCGACACCGAAUUGGGAAUUUAUGAGUGACAAGAUAUACCCGUUGCUUAAUUUUCGCCAAAAAUAACACCAACCGGAACGGAAAGUGGAGUCCACAUUGUUUAUUGCUCAGCAUCCAAAAGACGACGACAAAAGUUACCAACAGAGAUUAUCAUAAUGCGUCCGCAUAAUAGCAGGAACAGCUAUCAGCUUCGCCGUAUCGACGACUACUUCUACAUCCAAUCCGUUAGCAAUGGACUUUUAGUGGACCUUGUCGAUGGUUGCUGUUUAUUAACUGGUAGUGUUUUGAUGCAACAAAAACACGACCGCAGAUUGUUGGCGAUGCGGAAUGCCAGCAAACCUGAUUCGUGAAUAGAGCCGUUUGAAAUAUUCGGCGAAACAUCGAUAUAGUUUCCACGCGGUUUAGUGUAUACAGUAUGACGGUAACAUCUUUAUGUGAUAAGCUCGGUACAAAAAGAAGCAUAAGUGUGUCAGUGUAAUAAAUGUGCUGUAAGAAUGUUAUUAUUAUUAAGCUAGAUCGAAUUGAAAUUCAGUCAUGCUCAAAACAAAACGCGCUCCGAUGCUAUCAGUGAUAACAUUGCUCAUCUCACUGAUUUGUUUUACCAGUAGCGAAUAUCAUACCUCUAGUAAUGCCAGCAGUACCGAAUAUAGUUUUUCCAAGUAUGAUUAUACCUCCGCUCAAGAAACCAGCCACGGUAACAAGCACGGUGUCGUCCUGAAUAAUGUUAAAGUGACAAAAAACCAUCGCCGACAUUCAUUACCAUCGAAUUCCACUAGCGAAAAGUCUGCUUAUAAAUACGCAAAAAGUGAUAGUGAGUACAGUACAUCGAUGCCUACUCGAAAUCAGCCACCCUCGUCGUUUGAAAUGUUGGACACCUUUCGAAAGCCUUCCUACGACAAUCGCGAAUCGCACAUAAAAUUUGCAAUUCUUCUACCGGAAAAACCGCAAAAUCAACGUGAUAUAAGAAUCCUCUCCACAAUACGACCGAUCAUCGAAAUGGCCACCAAUAUCGUUACUGGUCCUGGUGGAGCAUUGGAGAAUAUAAAAAUUGAAAUCGAUUAUCGAGACACCCAGUGCUCCUCAACAUAUGGUGCACUUGGAGCGUUCGAUAUUUUUCUAAAACGCAAGCCAGAUGUCUUCUUCGGACCGAUCUGCGAUUACGUGAUAGCUCCCAUUGCACGCUAUAACUCGGUCUGGGGAAUCCCGAUUCUCACGACUGGUGGACUUACGGAUGCGUUCUCCUUCAAAUCACCCAAUUACAUGACAUUGACACGCAUGAUGGGCAGUUAUAGCGAUAUAGGACUGGCUGUACGGGAAAUUCGAAAGCACUUCAACUGGACUAUUCAAGCAUUUAUCUAUCACGACAACGACGGGAAAAGCGGUAAGGGACACUCUGACUGCUCGUUGGCAAUUUCGUCGAUUUUUCGUGCGCUGAACACCACCGAUUAUCAUUCGGAUAAUUUCGAUGAAAAUGAAACAGAUUACAAUGGUUACUUGCGAAUUUUGGCGGACACCAAGAAGAAGGCUCGGAUUGUUAUUAUGUGCGCUAGUCCUUCCACAAUCCGAGAAAUUAUGCUGGCAGCCGCUGAAUUGAACAUGGUAGACAGUGGAGAAUACGUCUUCUUCAAUAUUGAAAUUUUUAGCAGCAUGGCUGCUACAAAGAAACCACCCUGGUUUGUGAAAAACGACACAGCAGAACGAAACAUGAAGGCGAAAAACGCUUAUACGGCGUUGUUACAGGUUGUUGCGCGGCAACCCGAGGAUGAAGAAUAUCGCCACUUCUCUGAAGAGGUCAAAAAACUAACCAAAACUAAAUUCAACUACACAUAUGCGGAAGAUGAACCAGUAUCCACCUUUGUCACAGCGUUUUAUGAUGCUGUUUUACUGUACGCAUAUGCCUUAAACGACAGUAUUACUCGACUAGGAGAACAUCAGGCACUGAAGCAGCCCAUUAAUGGCACCAAUCUAGUCCAUUUAAUGUGGGGAAAAUCAUUCAAAGGCAUAACCGGUAACGUAACCAUCGACUCGAAUGGAGAUAGAGUUUCCGAUUAUUCGCUUCUGGACCUUAAUCCAAAUACAGGCAUGUUUGAGAUAGUGGCAAAUUACUUCCACGACGGUGGAUUGCAGUUCGCGGCUGGAAAAGAGAUCCACUGGUCUGGAGGAAGAACAAAAGCCCCACCAGAUCGUCCUACCUGCGGCUUUGACGGCUCUUUAUGCCCAGACAAUUCAAUUCCUGGUUAUGCCAUUCUUUCGCUCAUCCUGGGACUAUGUGUGAUAUGCAUGGGUAUUGCAUCAAUACUUGGCUAUAGACACUACAAACUUGAAGCGGAAAUAAAUUCCAUGACAUGGAAAGUACAUGCAAAUGAAGUACUUUCUUGCAAUCCUAACCUGGGCCACCGGGGCAGUAUACAUAUGAUGACCCGGCGAGGCAGUCAGGCCACAAUCUAUUCUGAAGACUUUAAUUCAUUACCCGGCGACCGUCAGAUCUACAUUCAGUUCGGAUUUUACAAAGGCUGUAAAGUAGCAAUCAAAAGGAUAAACGUCAACAACUUGAAUCUUAAUCGCAACUUAAUGCUUGAGUUCAAGCGUAUGAAAGACAUACAGCACGAUCAUCUCGUAAAAUUUUACGGAGCUUGUCUCGAGCCCAGUCCGGAUGCUUUCAUCUUGACUGAGUACUGUCCGAAAGGUUCUUUGCAAGAUAUUUUGGAAAACGAGACUAUCAAGCUGGACUGGAUGUUCAAACUAUCCCUUAUGCAUGAUAUCGUCAAAGGAAUGGCUUUUCUGCAUUCAACUGACCUGCAUUCGCACGGUAAUUUGAAAUCGUCUAAUUGUGUGGUCGACUCGCGAUUUGUGCUAAAAAUCACAGAUUUCGGACUGCACCAACUUAGAAGGCCGUCUGAGGAGCAGGACCAAGAGAGUUAUGCUUAUUGGAAAAAACUCCUUUGGACCGCUCCGGAACUUUUGCGUAAUCCUACCCUCGACCCUGUUGGUACACCCAAAGGAGACGUUUACUCAUUCGGAAUCAUCGUGGAGGAGAUCGUAUCACGGCAAGGCCCGUUCUACACCGGGGACGACGAAAAAUCUCCAAAAGAAAUUAUAAAACUAGUCAAAAACGGACCUGAACCAUUCAGCGCUCCAUUUCGGCCCAAAGUUGAUGAGACCUCAUACGAGGAUGUAAAUAACCUUAUGGUUAAAUGCUGGGCUGAAGAUCCUGCCGAUCGUCCAGAUUUCAAUCUAUUGAAAACGAUAAUUAGAAAAAUCAAUAAAGAAAAUGAAUCUGGUAAUAUAUUAGAUAAUUUAUUGCAACGUAUGGAACAAUAUGCAAAUAACUUAGAGACACUAGUAGAAGAGCGCACACAAGACUACUUCGAGGAGAAACGCAAAUGCGAAGAGCUCCUCUAUCAAUUACUGCCAAGAUCCGUGGCAGCGCAGCUUAUAAUGGGCAAAUCUGUGAUAGCCGAAACCUAUGAUCAAGUAACUAUUUAUUUUAGCGAUAUUGUUGGUUUUACAUCUAUUUCCGCUCAAAGCACACCAAUGCAGGUUGUGGACCUGCUCAACGAUCUCUACACUUGUUUCGACUCUAUUGUGGAAAAUUUCGAUGUCUACAAGGUGGAAACCAUUGGAGAUGCAUAUAUGGUUGUAUCUGGACUACCGGUGCGUAACGGAAAUCUCCACGCCAGGGAAAUCUCUCGCAUGGCCCUGGCACUGUUGGCAGCUGUAUAUAAGUUUACCAUCCGACACCGACCCAAUGAACAACUUAGGUUAAGGAUAGGUUUACACAGCGGGCCAUGUGUUGCUGGUGUAGUUGGUUUGAAGAUGCCUCGGUACUGCUUGUUCGGAGAUACGGUAAAUACGGCUUCACGAAUGGAGUCCAACGGAGAGGCGCUGAAAAUUCAUAUAAGUCAUAAUACUAAAGUUCUUUUGGAUACGUUUGGUACGUUUGACGUAAAGGAACGUGGAUUAGUACCAAUGAAGGGCAAAGGUGAAAUGUUGACAUAUUGGUUGAAUGGAGAGAAAACAGAACUGCUGCAAACAGGCUUCAAAAUGAAUCAAUUUAAUGGUAAUUUUCCAGAAAAUAGUCCUUUAGCUUUACUAAAUGGAGCGCCACCCACAGGAAUUCUUCAUAAUAACAACAACACUAAUAUGUACAGCUUAAAUAACGGCGGUAAUGUUACCAAUAAGAAACUUAAUAACGUGUCAUACAACUUCAUUAAAUCGAACAGUACGAAAAAUCUUUUGAACGCCAAGGGAAGAUUGAGCCUUGGUGGUGACGAUACGAUACGUAGUGUCACUCAGCCUCUACUGACACAAAUUAACUGACAUUAACUUCAACGAAAAUAAACAGGAACUAUCAAAUAGAACCAAACACCGAUUAAAAUAUGGAGAUGUUAGUUAUGACAGCAUUUAAGUAUCUAGUUAUGAAUAACGUAAUUUCUGAAAACUUCUGCCCAUGCUAACUAUAACCGCAGACAAUGGAAGCACAGGAUAUACUUCCGUUUAACUCACGUUGUUUGUCGUCAGGUACUGCUCAGUUAUUUUUGUUGAAAUAAACCAUGGCAUAAAAAUAGAUAUUCGAAAAACUAGUAAUAUGAAAAAUAUGAUGAACAUGCAGUUUUCUCGUAUGUUUUUAUAUAAGGUCGAUCCAAAUUUGAUAAUACAGCAAUUCGUAGCCGAGGACCUACCGAUUAUUGAUGAACUUACCUAUCCUAUGUUUACCUAUCAUAUCUUUACCUAUGUUGUUUAUACCAAGGUGAGUUAAAAUAGGUGAUCUAGUUUUCACAGUUUGUAGAAGAGAAGUGCGCGGAACGAUUGGUUAGCAACCAUCGACGUUGUUUAUACAUUCAACAGUUUCCGCAUUGAAAAUUUCGGUGGUCGUCAAGAGUAACCCAGCGGGGGUGAAAAACAAAUUUGAACAUCAGAAAACCUCUCUUGACUAACCUUGGUUUAUACAAUGUAUGUAACCCAGAUAAGCAACUAAAUCCUAUGGAAAAAACGGCACACAAUUAAGCACAUUGUUUAUGCCACGGUUUUUGCUGAUUAUUGCCGUUAUAAUUUUAAAGUUGUAGGCUUGACAAAUUACAAUUUCUAGUAAUGGUAUUAUGAGUCCAACCUCAGACGAUAGACACGUGAGUCCCAAUGGUACGGUUCAUUCUUCCUCUUCUCUGAAAUAGAUCGAUGCUGGCUUAAGUCAAAGUCACUGCGAAGGAAUAAUUAUAUUCAGUAAAACAACGGCUGCUAACUACAACCCAUACUUUAGAUCAUCCUAAAUAUAAAGUAUACCAAAAUCUGUCCUCGUUCAAGAAGUUUAUUAUUUCGCAAAUGCAGCUUAUUAUGUACUUACGACUUUUGUGAUCCAAUUCUUAGUUCUUAAUAAUUGUAAGUGUGAAGGCUGACAAAGCAUUACGGAAUAAUUAUUUAAACAGCGACAGUUGCAUAUAAACGUAAACAUGGCCAAAAAUAGAGAAAUUCGUUUAGAAUUACCAUUGCUCGUGUAAACAUAUAAAUGAUAUAAACGAGACAUGUUGAAAGUAAUACCUGAAGACAAUGCUAGAAGAAAAACGAAAAAUAUAAGU